AUGGCCAGAAUUGGGGCUGUCCAAAAUGCUGCUUGUGCCCCCCAGUCUCUGCUGGCGCUUUUUCUUUUCACGAUGGUCGUGAAAACUUCAAGUCUUUCCCUUCUCUUUGCUUUUCUCCCCGUUCUCGCAGUGCGAACGGUCAGCUUCCUAGGAGGCAACAACCUUUGUACUCAAGAUGACUCUCCAGAGUAUGUCAAUGCACUAUGUGCGGUGAACCCUUGGCGUAACUGCUCGAAUAUAUGUCUAUAUGGUAAAAAUUCCUAUUCUCUCUCGAUUGUCGUAAGGCAUAUACUGACCAUCGGUCUUUUAGGAGCGGGUUGGAACGGCCUGUUACCCCGCGUGACAAGAUGUCCGGACGGCAAGUAUUGCUGUGACUCUGACAAGAACUGUUGUGAAAAGGGGGAAGGGAUUGAACUAGACGGCAAAGGGAAUAUAGUCGGCUCCACCAAAUCGCAAUCAACCCCCUCGCCAACUCAAACGAUAUCUUCACCGACAUCCGGUUUACCGGCCAAUGUCACGUCAUUCCCAACAGAUACCUCCAAACCGAUAUCGUCCGUGAGCUCUACAGCCUUGCCUUUAGCCGCGAAGAUCGGUAUAGGAGUUGCCAUUGCUUUUAGCGUUCUUUCAUGUUUGAUUCUAUCUGCUAUCUACCUUCAACGGCGACGAAGGAGUAGACGUAAAUCGAUAGAGGUAGCCGAACCCGCUCUGAAACCGGAAGUCCCGCCGCCAGACUAUACCAAGUCGUUUUCUCCUCAAGAGAUGUCAAAUUCGCCGAUACCCCAACAGUUUGAGAUGCCGGAUUAUUCGAUGCGUGUAGAGCUGGCCGGAGACGUCCCGCCGUAUCCUGAACUAUACGGUUCGAGGCGGGCCUCCACAAUGUCCUCAAUAAGAAGAGGCUCUCGCAUAUGA